UUAUCUUAAACACCUGUAAUUUUUUGUCUCUGUUAGAAAGCUUUAGAAAGUAUAGCAUGAGAAUGAUAUCUCUAAGUAAUCGAAUAUGAAGGGUUCCAUGUCAAUAUUGUAUCCAUAUUUAUUGUAAUGAACAAAAUUCUCUGCCAAAGUGUAGCUUAGGGUUAAUUGGCAUGUACUCCAUCCUAUAAGGUCGUAGGCUUGAUCUCCUAUCUUCGUAAUUGUCUUUAAAAAAGAAAAAAAGAGAGAACAAAAGAACAAAAUUUUCUUCAUCAGAAUACCAAUCAACAUUGACAGAUCUCAUGUAUUUGCAUUGCUGUUUCUUAAUAUGUUUGUGUUCUGUUAAAAUAACAUUAAAAUAUGGUGGUGCUAUCAGAGUCCUGACGAUCUUCAUGAAGAAGAAGAUUACAUUCCAGCUAUAGCUAUUGGUCGACCUAAUGUUGGUAAAAGUAGUAAUUUGAAUGCUUUGGUCGGAGAGGACAGAACAAUUGUCAGCCCAAUCAGUGGAACUACCCGUGAUGCUAUUGAUACUGAAUUUACAGGACAAGAUGGUCAGGAUUAUAGCUGCUGCUAGUGCAGUUGAAAAGGAGAGAUCUAGAAGGCUAACUACUUCCAUACUAAAUCAAGUACUACAGGAAGCAUUAGCUUUUAAGGCACCCCCAAGGACCAGGGGUGGCAAGAGAGGACGUGUCUACUACUGCACGCAGGCUGCUAUAAGGCCACCCACGUUCGUUUUCUUUGUAAAUGAUGCAAAGCUUUUCCCUGAGACAUAUCGGCGGUACAUAGAGAAGCAACUGCGUGAAGAUACAGGUUUUCCUGGAACACCGAUUCGGCUUCUUUGGCGAAGUAGAAGAAAAAUGGAGAGGGGUGAAGCUAAGGGUACGACAAAGGCACAUACUAAUCUGAUACAACGAGAUAGAGAAGUUUCUUUCACAAUAUGAGUACAUGGGUAAAGAUAUAAGUUCUUUGUGCCUUCUUGCAAGAGUGACUUUUCGUUGGACGCAACUUUUCGUGAUUUUAAAGUGGUCAAAAUUAAUUUUUAAAAGUUUAAAAUCACUUCAAAACAUAUUUAAAAGCUCAAAAUCAAUUUAAUAUUUAAUUCUACAGCUUUAAAUGCAAUUUAUACUAUUAUGAUUGAUUUAAAAUGAUUAAAAACAUGUCUCGAAAUGGUUCAAAACAUAUUUAAAAGCUCAAAAUCAAUUUAAUAUUUAAUUCUACAGCUUUAAAUGCAAUUUAUACUAUUAUGAUUGAUUUAAAAUGAUUAAAAACAUGUCUCGAAAUGGUUCAAAACAUAUUUAAAAGCUCAAAAUCAAUUUAAUAUUUAAUUCUACAGCUUUAAAUGCAAUUUAUACUAUUAUGAUUGAUUUAAAAUGAUUAAAAACAUGUCUCGAAAUGGUUCAAAACAUAUUUAAAAGCUCAAAAUCAAUUUAAUAUUUAAUUCUACAGCUUUAAAUGCAAUUUAUACUAUUAUGAUUGAUUUAAAAUGAUUAAAAACAUGUCUCGAAAUGGUUUUGAAAAUGACGGAAUUACUUCCAUGCUCUUAUUUGAAUUGUUUAUUGGUGGAAGGAUAAGUACGAGCAAAUAUUUCAAGGCUUCCAAGUAUGGUAACUUUUUCCCCAUUAUUUUUAGAUUCAAUGUUAUGGUUCAAAGUAAAAUAGGUGCAUCUUUUCUAAAUUUGGCCUUCUGAUUGCACGGUAGUUUUAGUCAAUGGAAAAGUAGCUCAAGUAAUAAAUGAAUGAACUACAACUGCACCAAUGGGAAUGAAACUGUGUCAAAUGCGGCCCUCUGUUUGAUAAAAGACGAGAGCCACCUUGAGAUGUAUUGAAAAUAUAGAAACUAGAGUUCCCUAAGUUGAAGUAAUUUUUAAACUCAAUCUUUAUUAUAAUUUCUCUAAUGAAAAUUAGAGCCUACGAUAGAUUCUAAAGUUUAGUUUUAAAAAAUGUUAAAAUCGAUAAAUAAUAAAAUUUAUCAUAACUCACAUGACAUGUACAUGAUCACGAAUUUUUAAAUCCUUGUUUAGUUCGUGGUUUUUGUUAUUGAUGAAACUACAAAUACAUGAUAAGUGUAGAAUCAUAAACAAUGAUGGAGUUCUUGAUAGCUUAGUUUUUCACUUUCUUUCUAACCGAUCCAUUUGAAAAACUUAAAAUAAUCGUUUUUCUCAAAAUAACUGCCAUUCCUGAUUUUCCGUACGUAGUUAACUUUUUAAUCUAAAUUUUAUUAUUAAUUUAGACUCAAUUUAACCACUAUUCGGAUUAAUUUCACCUGAAUUAAAUAUCUAAAUUUUUCUAUCAAAUUUAUA